GACAAGGAGGAGUCGAUGAUGCAGCAUGACAUCCUCAGGCUAGAGGUCAAACGACUUCGGCAGCAGCUUACCACCAAGUCUGAGAAUUUGUACAGCCUGGAAAAUCGAAAGCAGCAGCUCCAAAUCAGCAUGGAGGAGAGGGAGAAGGAGAUCGAGGUUCACACCGAGGUCUUGAGAGCACAGCUCCGGUCUGCCGAGGAAGAGAAACACAAGGCAGCGAUUGAGCUGGCGGAGAGGAAGCAGAAGAUCUUCACCUUGAAGAGCAAGUAUGACAACGUCAUGUGCAAGGUGAAGAAGGAGGAGGGUGGGGAGCAGCUGAGCCAAGCUCACUACAUGAUCAAGGCCGCCCAAGAGAAGGAGGAGCUGCAGAGGAAAGGAGACGAGCUUGACGACAAGAUCCGCCGGGCUGAGAAGGAGAUCCGAUCUCUGGAGAACACCCUGGGGCAUCUGGUGCAGCGGAACCACAAGUUCAAGGAGAACUUGCAGACCUCGAACAUGCAGAACCAGUCCGAGCUCGAGGAGAAACAGACGCUGGAGGAGCAGUCCAGGGCAGCAAACGAGGUCCUCUUCAAAAAGAAGAAGGUGCUGACGCAGCUGGAGCAAGAGGCCCAGGAGGACGUGCAGCGCUACGAGGAGCUGCAAAGGUCCAUGCAGCAGAUGGAGGCUCACGUGAAUGAGCUGACUGCAGCCCGUGACGUCCUCCGGCAGGACAUUGGCACACAGGCGCCGAAGAUUGAGCGUGCGCAGCAGACCUUGGCCAAUGCGCAGACGCGGGCCAUCCAGUCCGGCGUGGACUUGGCCCCCGAAGCAGCUGCUGCAGUUGACGUGAAGGCCAGAGGUCUGAGAGAGCAGAACCAGAGUCUUCUCUUUGCUCUCAGCAACGCGCUCCAAGACUACGGGGAGGACGUGCUUCCCCUCUUCGAAAACCUCUGUGCAGAGCGUGGUGUCGCCAUGCCCUCGCGGCCGCCAUCGGCCGCCUCCCGCCCGGGCAGUGGCCGAUGA